AUGCCAACUUUAGAUUCCUUAACGAGGUGGUGGCUGACAUUCAUGCAUCCUCCUUUUAAAGAUAUUUUACAUACUUGGAUGCCUUGUAAAAUAGUUUCCCUAAUUUAUGAUAUCUCUUGCGUUAUGGAUGGUGAUGACAGGUACUUAGUCGUCAUUGAUGAUAUAUGGGAUAAAAAUAGUUGGGAACUAGUCAAGACCGCUUUGGUGUGUAAUAAUUGUGGAAGCAGGAUCAUCACAACUACUCGUAUACUUGAAGUUGCCACAAGAACUGGUAAAGUAUACAGGCUACAACCACUUUCUCGUGAUUUAUCGGAGGAUUUAUUUCAUAGAAGAUUAUUUGGGGGUAAAAUAAAUCAGCCUAAUCAUCUACUGUCAGAGAUAUACAAUAAAAUUUUACAUAAAUGUGGUGGUGUACCAUUGGCUAUAAUCACAAUAGCUAGUUUGCUUGCCAGUAAACCGGUGGAGCUUUGGUCUAAGGUAUACACAUCAAUCGGUUUUGGGCAUGAAGAGAAUGAAGACGUGGAAAACACAAGAAAAAUACUUUUAUUUAGCUAUUAUGAUCUCCCUUGUCACCUAAAGACUUGCUUAUUGUAUCUGAGCAUAUAUCCUGAAGAUCAUCUGAUUGGGAAAGAUAGUUUGAUAUGGAAAUGGGUCGCUGAAGGUUUUAUCCACGAGGAACCAGGGUUAAGACUAUUUGAGAUUGGUGAAAGGUACUUCAAUGAGUUGGUGAACAAAAGCAUGAUAAUGCCGGUAGAAACACCUUAUCAUGGAAUCAUAACUGGUUGUCGUGUCCAUGACAUAAUGCUUGAUAUGAUAUGCCUAUUGUCAAAGGAAGAAAACUUUGUUACUGUAUUGGAUAGUGACGAGCAAUAUACAACUUCACAUUGCAACUCUCGUAGGCUAGUUGUUCAUCGUAGGGUCAGACCUCUGGCUAGCACAUCUACAUUACAAGCAAGGUCACUUAAUGCAAUUUGCAGUUAUGAGAUGUUGCCAUCACUUUCAUGCUUUGAAGUUUUGCGUGUCCUAGCUUUGGAUGGCCCCACUGAUUCACACAAUCCUAAUUAUCUUGAGCAUGUUGGGAAGUUAGUUCACUUGAGGUACCUGAAAUUAGCGAGCAUGGGUAUGCAUGAGCUCCCAAAGGAAAUAGGAUAUCUAAAGUUCCUGAUGGUAUUGGACUUGGCUGGGAAAAGCAGAAGUAAACUUCCAGAGAGUAUUCAUCUACUAAGUCAACUCAAGUGCUUGAACAUCAGCGAAACAAAGAUUGAAGUGCCGUAUUGGAUCGGAGAUUUGACAUGUCUAGAAGAGCUAUGCCUAGCAGAAGUUGGUAUUCACUCAAACUUUUUGACAGAACUGGGUAAGCUGACAGAGUUGAGGAAGCUCCGCAUUUCUAAAAGUGUGACUGUAGGUGGUAAUAUCGCAAUGAAUAGUUGGGCGGAGUCUGUAGCCAAACUGAGCAAGAUCCAAGUCAUAGACAUUGAUUUUAUUCUCGUGUACAGAUUCUCCAGUCAUGUCGACAACCCCUGGGAACGAAACAUCCUCCCUCCACAACUCCGUGUGCUGCGCAUGGCCUAUCAAGAACCCGGGCUGGUGGCAACGAUUAAUCCCUCGCUUCUUCCCAAUCUCUCCCAUUUACAACUAAAUGUAUACAGUCCAGACCUGGAGGUCUUUGGAAGUUUCCGAGAGCUUGUUUCCCUUGAGUUGGUCACAUGGUCAGCUCUCCACCAUGACACCAUCGGCGGUGUAGGUGCAUUCCCCAAGCUGAGGGUCUUCAAGACACAAGCAACGACUUGUUCGUUUCAAGAGGGAGAUAUGCCGGUCCUUGAAUCUCUUGAGUUCCAAGCCGUAGCACAGUCCAAUGAUGAUGGCAUUAGCAUUGACUUCGACUUUGGUAGCCUAGGGAACCUCCCUUUCCUUCAGGAAGUCAGAGUCUAUUUAUGGGCUCCACUUGCAGAUUACAAGAAUGCUAAGGAAAUAGCAAAGCGUGCAAUUGAUGUGCUUCCCAACUGCCUUAGGCAUGAUAUCACGCAACAGGAUAUGAGGGAUUGGAGUCGGAGGUUGGAAGCAUUACCAAAUCAGCCACGGAGAAAGAGAAGAUAG